AUGAGCGAAACAUCAACCGUUGCACGAAAACACCAUACCGAUCUGCAACAACUGGCAAUCAGUAAUGCCUCACAAGAUUUGAUGAAACGUCGGUCCUCGAGUCAAUCAUCAUCUUCGUCCAGGAACUCUCUUCCAAGCCCAAGUAUUGUGGCAGCACGUGCCUACCAACUCGACCACGAAAUACCAAUCGGACCAAAAGCCGACGCACAGCAGCGGCGUAAAAGCUUAUUCGAAGUACAUCAGUUCCCUCGUCGUCACUCUAGCUUCCCUCCAGAAGGAGAUCUUGCGGCGCAACUUGGAAACUUCACCUUUUCUUCUCCAAAGAGCCAGCUACAGACAGUUGCAGAAACUCCAGAUGUGCCCGAGAUCCAGAUUGAUGAAGCGGCUGAUGUGCAGAUGACUGGGAUGAAAGAGAAUGACUUGGUCAAGAUCGGGAAGAUUGCAUCAAGAGAGAGAUCGGAUGAUGUACUCGUCGCUGCUUCAGAUGUCCCGUUUCUAUAUAUCCAUGAUCGACUCCGGGACUGGGGCAGUGUUUACCUUGGUAAUUCAGAAACCGCAGAUGCGUUUGUCAAUGCUGUCAGCCUUCGUCGACCCAGUCUAGCCCUCACCACAGAAGGAGGUCAUGCUUUACAACCCGGAUCAUCAAAUCUAGUCACUAUCCGCGCGAGAGUAGCUCCCAGGGCGAAGGAACGGAAGCCGUUCUUGAUCCAGAGACAAUUUGACAUUGAAGAUCUACGUACGAGCAUCCCGGUAUCUGGAAACCGAUCAGCAGGUGCUAGUCCCCCACGCCUUAGACGCUCCGUACGACAACGACGGCUGUCGGCGCAGCCGCUGUCAAGCGAGAGCAAACGGGGAUACAAGGAGGGCCGGGCCGGAAAUGACCCCGGCUCGCUAGGGAAAGGGGUUGUUCCUGUUCAUAUCGAAUAUGCACUUCACUAUCUCCCAGUUCUAGGAGCAUUGAUGCUCUCUGGUCAUGUGAGGAAGGGAGAUUCCAUCGAUCUCCCGGUCCCCAGACCUGAGGCGUGGAGAGAUGUCGUCUCGUAUAUUUAUACCGGGAAGGGGGAGAUGACACCGGCUAUGAAGGAGGAUAUUCUAUUCCUAGCUGGGAAUGCUGAUUGA